CAGUGGCCAACAAUAAGUUGAAGGAACACACGUGGAACGAGCCUGCGGCACUCGCUUUCUGCAGAGUUCCGAGCACGAUUGCCCCAACAGAGCUGCCAAAGUUUCAUGAAACGCCAUCUAAGGAAAUGACCGUUACAUUUCGCAGAGGGGCAUAAACCUCUCCCAUUAUCCUAUCUAGGGAACCUUGUCACCUUCUGCUCAUGAUGACUCACUCAGGAAAGCCGUGGUCUUUCUCCUCCACCUGUAAGCUGGGUCAUGUGGAGGGAGUGAGGAGGAAACCCGAUCAAUCUUUCUCCCCAAAACAGAACACAGCUUGAAUUUUGGGAUAAACCAUAGGUUUACACUUCUAGAUAUUCAUUCGCCAUCACAUUACGCUAUGCCUUACUCACAGCCAAUUGCAUCAUAACAGACUACCUAUUGAUUAGAAAUGUAAAUGACGAAAAGAACAAGAAGAAGAAAAAAAAUGUGUAUUUAUUUUCAUUGCACUGAGUUAGAAAAAAGAGACAUACAUAACAUUUCUGGACGUAAUUUUUUUCAUGGCAUCCUCAGUUUGGUUUUCGUUUGGAGAGGGCAGUAGCAUAAACAUUGCCUUUGUAAUUUUCUGCUGGCAGGUACAUGUUUUGUGCAUUUUCUCUUUGAGCAUGGCCAACUUUCACAAAGCGACUCAUUUGCGGCACAAUGCUUGGAAACUUUCAACCAUGUGCAAACCGUAGUGUCCAGUGGGGGUCUACAGUCUUUCUCCAGUCUACAGCUAUUUCAGCUGUACUGUUCCAUGUAACCUAAAACUCUAGGAAAUACUGCCGUUCUCUGUAUUUGAUGGCAUCAUGCUUCACUGUUUUCCCCUGAACAUUUUCGGACAUUUGACAUCUCCUACUGCUGUUCUCAAGUUGUGGGCUCAAGCAUGGCCAACUGCACGAGCACUUGGUACAAGUUGCUUAAACCUGUCAUCUUCAGUGAGGGAUAUUAAAUAUUGUGUGCUGUAAUUUCAGUGGACAGAAUCAAUGUACAGACUGGCAUAACUCAUGAUCAAGGUUGUCUUGCGAUGUAAAGCCAAGAAUUAUCAUUUAGUACCAACAUCAAAAUCAUAACCCAUUAUUGCCCAUCAUUGGGCAUCAAUAUGACAUUACAGAUGGCAGAUUCAAGCAUGAUGGCCAUCAUGCGUGAAUUUGCCAUCCUAUGAAAUCUACAACAACAACAUAUUUAUGGUCUGAUUUAUGAUCAUAUGAAAUAGAUAUUUAUCGUUUCAACUUGUUUGGGGCACUAUCUUAUAUGUAAAAAAUUUUCCUCUAAAUUGCAUUUCAUCUCUAGAAGUAGAUCCAAGACUUGCCGCCAGCAGCACCUUCAGCAACAUGCCUGCACUUGACACGAGAAAUCUUGCUAUUGCUGUAUGCUAUGUACGGUGUUAUAGCUGUACAAGGGUGUACAAUACAGUGAGCCUUAAAACUGAAUCUGCAGACAGAACACAAUUUAACAUGUGGUCUGGGCUCACCUCACAGUUUCCCAAUGUACCUGGCUUUUGUAAAAAAACAUGUUAUCCAAGAAAUGUUUAAUCCUUAAUAUCGUUUAGCAUGGCUCUGUCACCACAUUAUUUUAUACUAAAUCUGUCUCCUCCAAAAUUUUGUGAAUUUUUGAAGGCACCGCUGUUUCUGGUUUGACGUGUGUGACCGUGGUCAACAUAGAUAGCAUAUUGUCAACGGGUGCAUCUGCUGCAGUGGAACGUCAAGGCAACAGACAAACUACUACUAUAAGCACGUGUUCUCUUCUUGAAUUUUGCAGGGUGCAGCGCACUGUAGCGCUCAAAAGCGUGGCCCCAUGUAGGUCCAUUCUGGUGCUGGCCUUCGUUACACGACACUUUCUUUGUGUGUGGAUGUAUACUAUUUCAGCAUCCCCUGUUGGAACUCUUUGAGUACAUUCGGUCAGAAUCUUAGGGAGCACUCUGGCAAUGCACUUGAGAUUCCAAACUUGCGCACAAAACAAAGCUCUUGUUGUUCGAUAUGUUUGAAAAACACUUCUCUGAAACUUUUUCUACAAUUUUGGUUUUCGUUAAGGUGCUGUCUAGAUGUUUUCUUUUUUUCUUACACACAUUCCCAUUGUCUUGAAUGUUAUCAUUUUAUGAUACAAUCUGAGAAUCAAAGUGGAUAAUACAUACUCAAGAGAGCUGUGACAGCCAAGCAAAGAGUUUGUGGAGUGCACGUCAAGUGUGUGUGCAUGUAUGGUGAUCAUGAGAAGAAACUUAGGAGAGAAUGUGAAGAGAGUGAGUUGAAUGAGGCCACUUGAUCGGAUAGCAGAUGCCAGCAUAGCAUAAUUUGUUAACACACUCGUCCGACAAUCGAGAGAUUCGGUUCCUGCUGCUGUCUGGCUUUUUCGAGGACUGCCAUUGUUCAAGAUCUCCUGGUUGACCUUAGAUUUUGGUCUUGCAACCAGAAAACGAGCCCAAGAAAAUAUAACCUCGUGAAGGAUAAGAUGUUAAAAAUGCCCCAUGAAUUUACCCAAAAAUAAUAUCAAGAAACAUAGAACCCUAGCUGGGUCCCAGAUGGGGUGUUAGGACCUUGUUCUUUCUGAGACAAUAUUUUUUUACAUUUUCACUGAGCUUGUGCUGCACAUACUGGAAAGGUGUUGUUGUAUCGAAAGCUGAUAAAAUGGGGAAAAGCGUUGUUAACAAAAUUAUUCACUUAAGUAUCACUAUUAUACAUGCGUCUGCAUCAAGUAGAGUGCUGCUCACAACAUUCUUGAUCCACAGAAAGCCUGCAACAAUUGACUGAAGCAAACCAUGUGACCCUGUAUAUCCACAUGACAAAGGACUGAGAGGGGGGACAUUAAAGGGGUUGCUACACUUGGUCACAAGCUAUUCUGGAUAAAUGUAAAAUGCUGUUCUUUGCUUGAUGGUGAACCUGCAGUACAUGUUUUAUAGCAAAAGGGGUAAUAUACAUAGUAUAGAAAACCGGCACUGCUCAUGCGGAUCUGACGUCACUGGAGUCCGCCGGUGAGGAAGCGCUAGAGGGGUCACAUGCUUAUGACUACCAAUGGGAAUGACCGGGACUCUGAUGUUGAAUAUGUGUGUUGAAGGGUUUAUAUAUCGCCAAAUUCGACAUGUAGAAAAUUGUUUUUUCCUCACCACCUCUAUCAAAGUGUCACAACCAUUUUAAAGGUACCAUGAUGUGACCUUUGAAAAUUUUCAAUUCUUAGGUACUUUUAUUUGAAACAUGUUGGGUUAUUGCCAUAUUGCAUUCCAUGCGGGUGCAGUAGACGAGCAAAAGAAGAUGGUUGCCUGACACCAUUUCCUCACUCCAAGCCAGCAGGGAAGGUGACAUCUAGACGUGUGUGUCAGUGCGGUUAUAUUCGUGGAUCUGUGUGGAUAGGAUGCCUCUGCGGAUCUCCUCAUUUUAUCCACAAAUAAGCAUUAGUGUCUCUACCAACACUAGUAGGGGGAGCCAUAUUCCAGAAUACGCUGUGAAUCAAAAAUAGUGUUACUUGCAUUACUGUGCCUUUAACUGCAGUGACAUUCCUGAGAAAGUCUGUAAACUGCAAAGCGUUUGUAACGUAACAUCUAUGUCAUAGAUAUUUUUUCCUACAAGUCCAGUAACCGCGAAUGUGCAGCUAUACUCAAUAUCCAUGCUGCAACAACAACUUUAUUGUGAGAUGAUGAAUGGGGACAAUAUCCAUGCAGAUGCGGAUACACCUGUUUCAUCUAAAGAGCUUGUGGAUGCCAUGCGGACACUGUCUGUCUUAUCCGCACCCAUCUCUAGUCUUAUCUAGUUUCUCCAUUGCACUGGCAGCAGUUGGGUCGCACCAGUUGCCUUUUUUGGCCAUGGUUUUUAGUUAAUAUCUCUGUUGUUCUAACGUAUGUUUGGAUCAUACUUCUCAUGGCGAAUGCAUUAGAGAUGCUUACAAAGGUUUUGUGGGUCUCACCAUAGUGCCUUUAAGCAAGCUUUUGGUUUCUUGAGGGCAUUGCUGGAAGCACCCCCUAGCACUACCAGUAUGGGAAUAACGUAACGUGACUCGGAGAAGGCCAGUUCUUCUAACCGCCACUUGUGUGCGUGUUCUUUUCUAUUUGUUCCAGAGGCCACCCAUUGAUACCGCAGGUGUUUCUUGGGAGCAGAGCCAGCCAGUGCGUUUGGGCGUCCAGUAGUCGGUCACAGUUAGGGCUCGCACUUUUUCCCUAUCGGCUAAAAAAAAAUUUUCGCUAGGUUAACUGUCAUUGGUACUGCAGCUCAGCUCUGAUUGACAAGAAAUCGUACCAGCACAUAAUAGUAGCUGCAAUAAUUUGUUCAUGUACACUUGCAAUUCUACACAUGUACUAUUCUUUGUCAAGAGCAAAUUCUAGCUGCUUAGCAGGAAUUGGGAAAUUGUAUGUAGCCCUGGUGGUGUCGGACAUUGACUAGAUGUUCCUGUUGGGUCUAGUGGAUAAUUAUUGUGGGAUGCAUGUCAAAUUAAACUUCCUUAUUUCUGUUUUCUCUUUUCUAAAGAUAAUUUUAUACAAGCACAAACAAUGUUUUGUAAUUGCAUCUGCUUUAUAUGAACAAACUUGCCCUACCCCCCUUUUUUGUGUGUGUGCGAAUGUACAAUUUUUGGUCAGUUCCUUUAUCUGACAUCUGUUGACCCAAAUCGUUCAGAGAAGUAUUUGUUUCUUAGGAAAGGAGAAAGCAAGAAAUUUGGAGAUACGCUCACGUAAAUUGAGUUAUGCAGUGGAGGUUUUGAAUGGGUUCCUCGGCUGCUAAAUCCAGCUGUGUAUCUUUCGUGAACAUUACAAAAGGCAAAGAGAUGUUCAGUUGUUCUGCUUGUGAAAAACUGGAGGCACAAUGAGAAAAUAAACAGAACAGAAAAGCUAGCUUUUUUUUUGUGACACUCUUCCUGUUGGGUGGAGGCAGACUUAUAUUGCUGGUUUUCUCGUGCGUUGACAAUACUUGUAACAUGAAAAUGUUGUACAGGACUGAAUACCGCUCAUGUUAUGGAACCUCUUUACAAGGUGUCAGAACAAAACUGGUUUAAGUAACUCUUAAGUGUGAAAUCACAUUUCGAUGGAAGCAAUACGAGCCUUGCGCAUUUGGAGUGUGCAGAGUAAACACGCACAACGUGCAGAUCACAUCGCAAGUUUACGCACUGUGGAUAGAGGUCACUGUGGUGGUGGCACUCCCAGAAACCCCUUCCAUGGUACAGAUUAAUAACACACUUCGAAACUAAGCUGUUCCAUUAUGAUGAGUCGCUCUGGUUAUAUAUUUUGUGGGGUUGCACCAUACACUGCCUGAAGAGGCAUUUCAACUGUCCUUGAAGGCACUGGUUAUUCAUAGGGUUCUGCGUUUUCGCCAUUUGCCGAAGCGCGCCGAAAAACACCAGUGGAAUAUUAAAAAAAAAAAUCCAUCAUAUUUGGAAAAGCUCUUAAUUAUAGUCUUGCAUAAGAUGCUACAUGCGGAAAAUGCCAGUAUCCGAGGCAUCACAUUUUACUUUUUCCUUCACCUUGUUUCCAGGUGGAAUGCAGAGAAUACCACCCUGCGGAACCGCUAGCCUCCAGUUCAGAGAAAAACCUUCCCCUGUAACAUUUUAUCAGUUGGUAAAGUACAUGUGGAACCCUCCAACAAAGGAAAGCUUCCUCAACUAGUAAUGACGACCCUUCAUGCUUAGAUCGGAAGUCAUCUCUUUGGGUUGGUUAGCACAAAACACCAUGGUAGUCUCUUCAGCAGCUCCGAAAUGGGAUUGUUAACACAAAUCUUAAAUCUGAAUUUGAGACUAAUUUUAUUCUCUGCGAAGAAGUGUUUUCUAUCAUUCUUUGUGAUUAGUAUCCUAUGGACGACUUGCGUAUGAGAUUUUUCUUUGGUCAUUUAGUUAUAUUUUGUGUGGUUCGUAGUGAAAUAGCACCUACCUAUUUAACUCUCCCUAGUAUUAUAUCUGCCAAUUUUUUAGGCAAAUGUUUUAAAAUGCCGAAAAUACCAGAAUUUGUCAUGUCAUUAACACUUUUGUACCCGUAAUGUUGGUGGUUUCUUUCUUUUUGACUUGACCACAUACCUAGUCCCAGAAAAUUUAUCCCAGAUGUCCUUAUAAAUUCCUAAAUUCCUCCAGUUGAAAACCCAAGGAAUCCCCUUUGACAAGAAUCCACAGUUCUGAGCUUCCAUCUACGAUUUAUGGUUUGGUUCAAGUCACCUUGUAACGAGGUUGUACCGUUUCUCGACGUAUUCCGCAAGCGGCAAUUUUAGCUGUGUAUUUCUGCUGCCUUGUUGACCUGUGUCUUUUUUUCUUCUGUGUUUUUCUCUAUGCCCUGUAGUUGAGAGGCAAAGCAUCUCAAGGUGUUGACAUGAUGCAAAAGGUUGCAAAUGGGGCAAUUCGUGUGACUGGCCAGCCACCGAUGAGAGCAGCAAGGAGGAAGCCUCACAGCUGGAACAGACUGGACCUGUCCUGGCUGGUCCUGGGGCUCUCAAGGCUGCUCCACCACUCAUUGGUUUUGGACUCAUGAAGUUGACCCCAGAACAAACGGAGAUGGUGACUAAAGCCAAGAAGUAUGCCAUGGAGCAGAGCAUAAAAAGUGUUCUCAUGAAGCAGACCAUUGCUCAUCAGCAACAACAACAAAAGACAUUACAGCGGCACCAAGCACUUGUCCUCAUGUGCAGAGUGUAUGUAGGCAGCAUUAGCUUUGAGCUAAAGGAAGACACCAUCAAGCAAGCAUUCCGGCCAUUUGGUCCCAUCAAGUCCAUCAACAUGUCCUGGGACCCAGUGACACAGAAACACAAGGGCUUUGCCUUUGUGGAAUACGAACUCCCUGAGGCGGCUCAACUGGCCCUGGAACAGAUGAAUGGAGUGCUCAUAGGGGGUCGCAACAUCAAGGUUGGCCGGCCAAGCAACAUGCCCCAGGCAGCCCCGAUCCUGGACCAGAUCAUGGAAGAGGCCAAAACAUACAACCGCAUCUACAUUGCAUCUGUCCACCAUGAUCUCACAGAAAAUGACAUUCAGAGUGUUUUUGAAGCAUUUGGCAAGAUAAAAACUUGCAAGCUAGCACCGUCUUCUACUCCUGGCAAGCAUAAAGAGUACGGCUUCAUUGAGUAUGAAACUAACCAGGGUGCCAACGAAGCCAUAUCCUCCAUGAACCUCUUUGACCUGGGUGGCCAAUACCUUAGAGUCGGCAGGGCCAUUACACCUCCCAAUGCAUUGACGCCUCCAAGUGCCCAAAGCUGCAUGCCGACCGCGGCAGCUGUUGCAGCAGCAGCUGCGACAGCCAAGAUCCAGGCCAUGGAUGCAGUGGCCAGCAGCGCCCUGGGCAUUCCACUGCAAGCACUUGGAGGGCCUGUUAUUCCACCACCAGGUCUGGCCAUUCCUGCCAUGGUGCCCCAGGGGCUGGUAGGGGCACCAGGAGUGCUACCCCAGCCCGUUCUUGCUGCCAACGCACCGGGAGUCAUUACAGGCGUGACUCCAGUUCCUCCGGCUUCUGUCAUCCCCCCUCCGGGCAUUGUGAGCACCCUCCCUCUGGCCACAGUGGCUGCAACAGUGUCAGCUUCGAAACCAGAACUCCGCAUGGCUCUCAGUGGCCUUAGCCAGGGCAUCAGUCAAAGCCUGACGCAGGGAGGAGUUGGUCAGGCAGCUCUUAGCCAGGCCACAGUGGCUGUGAGCCAAGCCGUGACCCAAGCUUCUCAACCGGCCAGUCAACCAGCAGCCAUGGAGGAAGAUGACCUGGCAAAGAAAAUAGCGGAAGAGCAGGAGCCGCAGACAUUGCAGCAGCAAGAGAACAUGAUGAUUAAGGGAUCGAAUGCUCGUCAUAUGCUGAUGCGGAAGCUCAUGCGGCGCACUGAGUCUAGCGUAGUUGUGCUGCGCAACAUGGUUGGCGUUGAAGACCUGGAUGAUGAGCUGGAACUGGAGGUGACGGAUGAGUGCGGACGAUUCGGAACCGUCAAGCGAGUCAUUAUCUACCAGGAAAGACAAUCAGAGGAAGAAAAUGCUGAGGUAGUGGUGAAGAUCUUUGUCGAGUUUUCACAACCACACGAGUCUGCAAGUGCACGUGAUGCCCUGAAUGGACGAUUUUUUGGAGGGCGGCUGGUGAAAGCUGAGCUAUAUGACCAGACACUUUAUGAAGCGAAUGACUUGUCAGGGUGAACACUGUUACGAAGUCAUGUAAAUAGUCUUGUAAAUAUCCACUUUCAAAAUAAAAUUAUAUCAGCUCUC